AUGAAACAACAGCAGCAGCAUUCGUUUAAGACCAUCUCCAACUUCCAGCUAAUGGUUUCUAACCUGGGACGCAAUUCAAAGAUAAAAAAUGAUGUCGAGCAUGAAAAAUCUGUUGGAGAUCAGCGGCGACAAUUCGAGAUACGUCUCUACAACACUACCCACAAAUUGCUCACAAUAUCACAGAUUUUCCUAAGUGCUCCCACGGCUGUGCAAAAACCGAAGAUCAGAGCGGGCCUUAAGGAUAAAAUCCUCUACGCUAUACAUCUGGUGUGGAGUGUAUGUAUUUACAUUGGUCUUGCUGCCUGCAUCUACGAUGAGUCUACCUCUUCAAAUGCAGACUUGCCCACGGUGCAGAAGCCUCUGUACUUUAGUGAAUAUCUGGUGUACCUUAUCCACAUAUUAGAGAUUGUUUGUCGAACCUAUAGGGGCCGUGAGAAAUUCUGGAUCUUCUUUGCCCUCAUUAUAGAUUUCGAUUGCGGAUUGUUCGAUUUGCAAACACCCAUUAGCUACCGCAGCCUAAGUUGCUUCCUUCGUACGCAUUUGUUGCUAAUUGUAUUGCACCUCUUGAGUACCUUCAUUGUGGGCUUCUUCUACAGCGAUGGCAUUUGGCUGAGUUUCUUUCGCACCAGCAUCGUCUACUUGCUGCCAAAUGUGAUCAUUCACAUAUCCCUAAUCCAUUAUUAUGGCCUGCUUUUUGUAAUCGCCGAGCGUUCGGAGAAGUUAUACGCUCUACUCAGACAACUUCUGGCCGACUCCAAACAACUGCAGCUGCAGCAGAGUUCCAUAUUUCGCAUUAGAUUACACCUGUUACGUUCCCUUUAUGCCAAACUAGAACAACUUACUCGGGAUGUCAACGAUGCCUUCUCCUACUCCAUCGUGUUGGUCUAUGUGGGCUCAUUCAUCAACAUUAGCAUCAAUAUUUUUCUGCUGUACAAAUACUUCAGUGCCUGGAAUACUGCAGGUCUGGCAUGGACCGGCUACUCGGCCGUUUGGACUUGCAUGCAUAUUGCCAAAAUGAGUUUGAUUUUGUACUACAAUGAAGAUAUACAAAAUAAGAAAACCCAAGCUCUACAUUUAUUGAGCACUUUUCGAUAUGAAGAUAUGGCCCUAGAACCUCCGGUCAGGCAUUUUAUGCUUCAGCUUAUGUCUGAUACACGUAGCAACGUUAUUUGUGGAAUGGCUGCAUUAAAUUUGAAUUUCAUCACAUCGAUUCUAGUGGCUACCUCGACAUUGUUCAUAUUUUUGGUACAAUACGAUAUCACAUUCGAAGCUCUUGCAAAAGCUCAAAACUCUGGGAAAUCUACGGGUGGAUAG